AAAUAACUCCAUUUCGACGCACAACGAAUCAUCGUUCGUUACGUGUAAACUCGAAAUUGGGCUAGAAGAAAAAAAGUUGAAGUUUUUUUUACCAGCAAGUUGAUUUUGAUCCGAACAGCAAUCCGAUCAUGGCACUAGUAUCUGGUGUGAGGUCAUCGUCGCUCAAUCCAAACGCGCCGCUGUUCAUUCCGGCCGCCGUCAGACAAGUGGAGGAUUUCUCGCCGGAGUGGUGGGACCUAGUGACUACCUCCACCUGGUUCCGAGACUACUGGCUGAGCCACAACCAGGGAGAAGAUAUUUUCGGCGAAGAGGACGACAGCGUCGUCGGGUUGUUGCCCGAUAACAUCGAUCUCGAUGUUGAUGAGGAUAUCUUGAACAUGGAGGCGCAAUUCGAGGAGUUUCUUCAGUCGGCUGAGUACGAUUACGGGCGUAAGGCGGUCGGUGGAGUGAUGGAAAAUGGUUUCGGUAAGAAUGGAGAUGCGCUAGUGAAGACUCUGAGCAUGCCGAAGCAGAGAGGGGUCAAUUCUCCGAUGAAGUAUUGGGAGAAGCCGGCGAAGCACGUUAGCCCAAAGUACAGCCCCCGUUCGAUUCAGCAACCCCGUUGAAAGGGUUUAGUGGUUAGGGUUCUUGAUUAGUAAGUUGUGUUUGUUGUGUAAUUUUCUGUAUAGGGCAAGGUUUGUAAUGUAAUGUAAACUGUUUGUAAUUUAAGCCUUGUUCAUAAUAGUCUGACGUCCCUUUUGUUUAGUUUUUUAACAUGAAAAAAAGAAAAUGUAAAAGAGAUAUUUGUAGAAGUUGUUAUUGGAAAAUGAAAAAAAUAGUUCAUUUUUAGUUGAA